CUUUGGAUUCAGCAAUAUAAAGGGGCGAACUUUGAUUCUGACCCCUAAAUAGACUAUUUUGUUCAAUAUUCAGCUCCCUGAGCCUUAACUUUCUUAUCUGUAAGAUGGGCAUAAUAGCACCUACCUCAUAUGAAUUAAAAGCUAUAAUAUACCAGAAGAUUCUAGCACGAAUCUUACACACAGUACAUUCUCUCUAUACAUUAGUUUUUUACCUUUUUUAUCAUCCCAUAAUCCCCUCUCAUCCUUUCAUUUGAAUUUUGUUGCUGUCUCGUCUUUAAUCAUCAGGCUAAUUCAAGUUUGUCACAGUGGAGAAUAGCACAGAAGUCACCGAGUUUAUCCUCUUGGGAUUAACAGAUGACCCCAAUCUUCAGAUAUCCCUCCUCCUGGCAUUUUUAUUCAUCUGCCUCAUCACGAUGCGGGGAAUGAUGGUGAUCAUCCACUCAGACUCCCAUCUCCACACUCCAAUGUACUUCUUCCUCAGUAACCUCUCCUUUGUAGACUUGGGUUACUCAUCAGCUGUAGCCCCCAAAACAAUGGAUGCAUUGCAGUCAGGGGACAAGGUCAUCUCCUACAAUGGAUGUGCAGCUCAGUUCUUCUUUGUGGGGUUUGCCACUGUUGAGUGCUACCUUCUGGCCUCCAUGGCCUAUGACCGCCAUGCAGUGGUAUGUAGGCCCCUUCAUUACACCACCACCAUGACAGCAGGUGUGUGUGCCCUCCUUGCUAUUGGUUCCUAUGUCUCUGGCUUCCUCAAUGCCUCUAUCCAUGCAGCAGGCACCUUCAGACUCUCCUGUGGUUCUAAUGAGAUUAAUCAUUUCUUCUGUGACAUUCCUCCACUCUUGUCUCUGUCAUGCUCCAACACACGCAUCAGCAAGUUGGUGGUCUUCUUUGUGGUUGGCCUCAACGUCUUCUUCACCCUCCUGGUCAUCCUCGUUUCUUACUUCUUCGUAUGUGUCACCAUUCAAAGGAUGCGUUCUGCUGAAGGGCGGAAGAAAGCCUUCUCCACCUCUGCUUCCCACCUCACUGCUGUGUCCAUCUUCUAUGGCACAAUCAUCUUCAUGUACUUACAGCCCAACUCCAGCCAGUCCAUGAACACAGACAAAAUAGCCUCUGUGUUUUACACAGUGGUGAUUCCCAUGCUGAAUCCCUUGAUCUACAGCCUUAGGAACAAAGAAGCGAAAAGUGCUCUCUGGAAAAUACUCAACAAACUUUACCCCCAAUAUUAAAUGUGAGUGGGAAGUAGGCAAGCAAUUAAGGGAUAAACUUUCUCUCACUCCUAAAGGCCAUCAUGACUUUUAAGGUUUGGCUGGUUUCAGUUCUUUUUUCCCCAAGAACAGUGGUUACUUCUGCUAUCAGGAGAAGAUGUAAAAAGCAGCACAUUGAAAAGUCUUACUCACAAAGAUAAUCUUGUAUUUAGUGAACAGCAACAUGAGACAGUUAAGCCUUUCUUGAUUUAGUUUUUUGAUGUGGAUCAAAGCAGAAGAUGGAAGCAUACAACUGAAUGUGCUGAAUUUUCCUAACCAAAUUUUUAACUGUAAGAAUUUUUCAUUCACUAUUAAACUUGGUAUAGAGAUCCCACUUUCAUUUAUAAUAUUUAUCAACAUGCAGUAUUGUUUUUUAUUUCUUUGUUCUGUGAGUUUGAAAGUUGGACUUUAUAAUGUGGACAAAGGAUGUUUCAAUACUUUAAAUGAUAUUUCAGAGAAAGUUGUAACUUAAAGGACAGGGCACUAAAUCAAGAGUCAGGUGGCUGAAGAUUAAAUCCUUCCAAUCUCAUACUCUCCCUUCCCUACCCACAUUCCUGCCCUUACUCACUGGUCAUGUGCCUUUGCAAUUGCCAUUCCAUUUUGCUAAGGUGUUGGGGAAACAAUAAACUUUGUUGUAUACAGACAUAUGGAAACAUUUUAAUAGAUGAAUGACUUAAACUUUAACAUUUAUUCGGAGAGCCUGCACUAUCUUCUGUGUUUCUUGUUUCUAACAUAAUUACCAAGACUUCCAGAAGGUUUAGAGAAAAAAAUGUAUUUUCCCUAGAACUAUGAAAAAAUAUAUUUGUCUUCUGAAUUAAAUGCUUGCAUUUCUUAGCACCCUUAA